UGGACAGACCUGAGACGCCAAUACUAACUGCAGCAAGCAACGGUAUCAUAGAAAUGGUGGAGCUCAUCCUCAACCGUUUUCCAACUGCCAUUUAUGACAAGAACUCAAAGAAGAAGAACAUAGUGCUGUUGGCAGCGGAGAAUAGACAACCCCGUUUAUUUGAUCUCUUGAAACGGAAAAAAAUCAAUGAAACUGUAUUUCACGCGGUGGAUAGUGAUGGAAACAGUGCCUUGCACCUGGCUGCAAAUUACAAUCAAUCUCUGAAUCCUUGGACUAUUCCUGGUACUGCAUUGCAAAUGCAAUGGGAAAUCAAGUGUAUGUGAAGAGUUGCGUGGGACCAAACUCAUUGAUGUUGUACAACAACAAAGGCAAGACUGCAAUGGAGAUCUUCACAGAAACGCAUAAACAACUCAUAAAAGAAGGUGGAGAAUGGCUACUAAAGACCUCAGAUUCAUGCUCGGUUGUAGCAGCACUUAUUGCAACAGUUGCCUUUACAGCAUCAGCCACUGUUCCAGGAAGCACCGAAAAAGGGAAACCUGUUCUUGAAAAUGACCUAGCAUUUCAAGUGUUUUCAAUUUCAUCACUAGUUUCUCUUUGCUUCUCAGUCACCGCCUUGAUAAUGUUUCUAUUAAUUCUCUCAUCUAGAUACCAAGUGAGUGAAUUCAAGAUGAGCUUGCCUAAGAAGCUUCUGUUGGGUAUAUCGUCUCUGCUGAUCUCCAUAGCAGCUGUAUUGGUCUCUUUCUGCACAGGCCACUUCUUCAUUCUGAAUGAUCAAUUAAGAUCUGUGGCAGUUCCAAUAUAUGCAGUCACCUGCCUGCCAGCAACAAUUUUUGCCCUGGGCCAGUUGCCUUUAUACAUUGAUCUCAUAUGUGCCAUUUUUACCAAGGUCCCAGUGGCUUUGUAUAAUGGAAAGUUUGCGGGUAAGAAAGAAAAAUUUUAG